CACCAUAUUUAUCACAAUUCAAAAGUGAAAUCCGUCCUCAAAAGUAAAUAGGUUUGAUCUCUUCCGGCAUGAUCUUAUUGCCAGGACAAGACCAUUUUUGGAGCAAACAAAAAAAGAAUAGGUAGGGAUUUGGCAACACACCUUCCCUUCCUAUGCCUUAAGAACAGAACCAACCAUUACUACUCAUAACUGUACAUGGGUGCUGGGCCGUGCUUGGGCCGGCAUGGCACGAGCACGCUUCAGGCCCAUUUAUUCGUGUUGUGCUUGAUACGGCCCAUCAUUUUUCGUGUCGUGUCGUGAAAGCCCAUUUGUUAACUUUGCUAGGCCCGGCUCAGGCCCGAGCACGGUUGGAAUCGUGUCGUGCCUAUUCGUGCUCGCGCCGUGCUCGUAUUCGUGUCUAUUGAAAAGGAAGAAAAUAAAAGAGAGAAUGAAAAAGAAGGUGAAAAUUAGAUGAAGAAAUAUAGUAUUAACCGAGAAUGUUUGAGAAAAGUAACAAAUAAGGGGGGAAAAAGAAAAUUGGAAGUAUAUCGAGUGUGAUUUGGCUUUGUUUAAUUCUUCAUCCAUUUUUACUCAUGAUAGUAAUUACUAAUUACGUGUAUGUAUCUGUGAAGAAAGUUACAUUAUUACUUAACUUGUAAACAACCCACCUAUGAAAUUUGCAGUGGAGGGCAAACUGUAGAGCCUUGGUAGCUAUGAAGUUGGCAGGUCCAACUGGGGAUGGAGCUGGACUGACCGCUGGAUUGCUGCUCGUCCUUGGGUCCCUGUGAAGUCCAUUACACCAAAGAAAGCUCAGAGCAACAAGCAGGCUAACAAGGCGGCUAGUAAGACUGCAACUUCACCUGCUGCGAAAAUGUCAACAACAGCCUCCAAACCACCAGUGUCCAAUGGAGGUAUAAAAGCCAGGAGAUUAACUUACCCCGUUACUGGAAAACAAGCUACAACACUCCAUGGAAGCAGGAAAGGUGGAAUUGGAGAGGCUAAGAAGGUGCAGCUGGUGACCAUGGGCGCUUCCCGAUCGGACCGGCUGCUGGCUCUGGCCCAACAGCUCCACCUCUACGAGCCGCCAGCUGCAUCGCCCGAUGAAAUCGAGGAGCAAGCCAUGGAGGAAACUGCCGGCAAGGUGAUUGCCCAGGUGGGUUUUCAAGAGUCGGCUACCCCGAUAGCGAAUCGACCCGAUAGGUUCAGACCCAAAAGAGCGGCGGUUCUGGUCUGCAUCUUUGAAGGCGAUUCCGGCGAGCUUCGUGUCAUCUUGACCAAGCGGUCCACGAGAUUGUCCACUCACUCUGGUGAAGUUUCAUUCCCUGGUGGGAAAGCUGACGAGGGUGACAAGGAUGAUGCAGACACGGCAACAAGGGAAGCUAAAGAGGAAAUUGGGCUGGAUCCUUCUCUGGUUGAUGUUAUUACAGUUCUGGAACCCUUCUUAUCUAAGCAUCUCCUUAGAGUAGUUCCUGUCGUAGGGAUUCUAAGAUACAAGGAAGCGUUCAGCGCUGAACCAAAUCCAGCCGAAGUCGAUGCAGUAUUCGAUGCUCCUUUGGAAAUGUUCAUCAAGGAUGAACAUCGGAGGGUAGAAGAGAGAGAGUGGAUGGGGGAGAAGUAUCUGGUGCAUUUCUUUGAUUAUGAAACAGGGGGCAAUAAGUAUGUGAUAACGGGACUAACUGCUGGGGUUCUGAUCAAAGCUGCAUCAGUGGUCUACCAGCGGCCUCCAGCUUUCUUGGAGCAGAAUCCCAAGUUCAGGUUCCCUCGCCAUGUAAACAUCGGUACUGUUAUGCCGCAUUGAUAUCGUUCAUGCUCGAUAUAUAUCCGUCUGAAUUCUUGUAUCAUGACACAUUAACAUCGAUCAUCGUAAGGAUAAGGAUCUUAACAAGAAAUUAGAUUCACUUGC